ACAAGCACAUACUAUACAGCGUGCGAAGCUCGUGUUUAUAUGUAAUAUGUGAGCGGCAGGAAGCAGCUCGUUCUGCUCACUGCAGAAGGACGGCAGGAUGGCGAGAGGACGGCGGGGUCUCGUGGCCCCCCAGAACACGUUUCUAGAGAACAUCGUGCGCCGGUCCAACGAUACCAAUUUUGUGCUGGGAAACGCUCAGAUCGUGGAGUGGCCUAUCGUCUAUAGCAAUGAUGGCUUCUGUAAACUCUCUGGCUACCAUCGUGCUGAGGUCAUGCAAAAGAGCAGCACCUGCAGCUUCAUGUAUGGAGAGCUGACAGACAAGGAAAUGAGUGAGAAGGUUCGACAGACCUUUGAGAACUACGAGAUGAACUCUUUUGAGAUUCUGAUGUACAAGAAAAACCGGAUGCCAGUUUGGUUUUUCAUGAAGAUUGCCCCAAUCAGAAAUGAGCAGGACAAAGUUGUCCUGUUUCUCUGCACUUUCAGUGACAUCACUGCCUUCAAACAACCGAUUGAGGAUGAAGCUUCUAAAGGGUGGGGUAAAUUUGCUCGUUUGACUCGUGCACUAACCAGCAGUCGAGGAGUUCUUCAGCAGCUUGCCCCAGCUGUCCAUAAAGGAGAGAAUGUUCAUAAACAUUCACGCCUGGCAGAGGGAAUCAGCAGCCUUUUUAGCUCUCUCAAAGUGGUACGUCUGCUGCGUUUGGGUCGAGUUGCCAGAAAGCUGGAUCAUUACAUUGAGUAUGGCGCGGCUGUGCUGGUUUUGCUGGUUUGUGUGUUUGGCCUGGCAGCCCACUGGCUGGCCUGUAUCUGGUACAGCAUCGGAUACUAUGAGGUGAUUGAUGAGAACACCAACACUGUGAGGAUGGACAGCUGGUUGUACCUGUUAGGAGAUACAGUUGGGACGCCAUACAGAUUCAAUGCCUCGAGCUCAGGCAUCUGGGAGGGCGGGCCCAGUAAAGACUCAGCCUACAUCACUUCGUUGUACUUUACCAUGACCAGUCUGACCAGUAUUGGCUUUGGAAACAUAGCACCAAACACAGAUGGGGAGAAGAUCUUUGCUGUAGCCAUGAUGAUGAUUGGAUCGCUGCUGUAUGCCACCAUUUUUGGUAACGUCACCACCAUCUUCCAGCAGAUGUAUGCCAACACCAACAGGUACCAUGAGAUGCUCAACAGUGUGAGAGACUUCCUCAAGCUCUACCAGGUCCCCAAAGGCCUGAGUGAGCGUGUGAUGGACUACAUUGUGUCCACCUGGUCCAUGUCAAGAGGCAUUGAUACGGACAAGGUGCUGCAGAUUUGUCCAAAGGACAUGCGAGCAGACAUCUGUGUCCACCUCAACAGGAAGGUGUUUAAGGAACACCCGGCAUUUCGCCUGGCCAGUGAUGGCUGCCUGCGGGCUCUGGCCAUGGAGUUUCAGACCAUCCACAGUGCCCCUGGUGACCUCAUCUAUCAUGCUGGAGAGAGCGUGGACAGCCUUUGCUUCGUCGUGUCAGGAUCGCUGGAGGUCAUCCAGGACGAUGAGGUGGUGGCCAUUUUAGGUAAAGGUGAUGUGUUUGGUGACGUGUUCUGGAAGGAGAUGACACUGGCUCAGUCCUGUGCUAAUGUCCGAGCAUUGACCUACUGUGACCUCCAUAUAAUCAAAAGAGAUGCGCUGCAAAAAGUUCUGGAGUUUUACGCCAACUUUGCAAACCACUUUGCCAGGAACCUGGUGCUUACUUACAACCUGAGGAAGAGGAUUAUCUUUCGGAAGAUCAGUGAUGUGAAACGUGAAGAGGAAGAGAUGCUGAAAAGGAAGAAUGAGGCUCCUCUCAACCUCCCGCCAGACCACCCAGUUCGACGACUCUUUCAGCGUUUCCGGCAGCAGAAGGAAGCCCGUCUCGCUGCUGAGCGGGGUAGUCCGGCCACUGGUGAUGUCGAGAAAGGUGUUAUUCAGGAGCCAUCCAGAGGUCCAGAGAGGCUUGCCUCUACUAGUAUUGUCAUAGUAACUGAGAACCAAGCUGCAACCACCAGUUCCUCCACAUCUUCAUCAUCCACGGCAUCCAGCCAAGCCGUGUUUCAUGUUCCCGGCAUCCAAAAUGGCAGCCUAACUGGUUGCAAAUCUGCAGAGCCACCCAAAGCUAAAGGGUGGGGACGUUUCAAAGAGUCAGUUGUGAAAGCUGAGUCGUGGAGCAGUGUCUCCAAGGCUGAGUCCAUGGAAAUGCUGACAGAUAGAACUAAGAGUCACAACGAGGUGUCUCUAAGGAAAACAGAUUCAUGUGACAGUGGCAUCACAAAGAGUGAUCUCCGCUUAGAUAGUGUUGGCAGUGUCAGAACACCACAGGAGCGGAGCCCAGACCAGUCUGAUGAAAAGAAGGUCUUUUGUCCAAUACCAGAGCAGAGUGUGCAAGCGUCUAUCCUCGAGUUCAAACAAGAAUUAAAAGGAGACAUCAGAAAUCUGAACAGUCGCAUGACAGUGCUGGAGACACAGCUUACAGAGGUGCUACGACUUCUUAAAUCAAGGAAAUCAUCUGGGUCCUUUUUCGAGUUCUCUCGGCCACCAUCUCCUGACUCUGAUAAGGACAGCUUCAAUUAAAUUAGAUGGCUCGGAUACAUACAUAAUUGUGGUUAAUGAUGAUUCAUCGUUGUCAUAUCAUACUCAGCAUACUCAUCCUAUGCUGUCUGUAUGGUAUCAUAUACCAUAUGAUACCUGGGACAUAAAGACAGCAAAAGCACCUUUUAUGUUUUCAGCAUUACGUUUCUUUUUGAGAUAGUCAGGUCCAUAAAUAUUGGGACACCGACACAUUUCUGGCUCUAUACACCACCACGAUGGAUUUCAAUGGAAUGAAACGAGCAAGAUGUGCUUUAACUGCAGACUGUCAGCUUUUAUUUGAGGGUAUUUAUGUCCAAAUCAGGUGAACAGUUUGCAUAUGUGCCUCCCAAAAGUAAUGGGACAGAAUAAGAAUCAUAGAUCAAACUUUCACGUUUUAAUACUUGGUUGCAAAUCCUUUGCAGUCAAAUACAGCACACACAUAGACAUCACCAGACGCUGGGUUUCAUCUCUGGUGAUGCUCUGCCAGGCCUCUACUGCAACCGUCUUCAGUUCCUGCUUGUUCUUGGGGCAUUUUCCCUUCAGUUUUGUCUUCAGCAAGUGAAAUGCAUGCUCAAUUGGAUUCAGGUCAGGUGGUUGAACUGGCCAUUGCAAAACAGUCCACUUCUUUCCCUUCAAAAACUCUUUGGUUGCUUUUGUAGUAUGCUUUGGAUCAUUGUCCAUCUGCACUGUGAAGCGCCAUCCAAUGAGUUCUGAAGCAUUUGGCUGAAUAUGAGCAGAUAAUAUUGCCCGAAACAAAGGUCACCAAUAUGUAGCCACACAUCUGAAAGCAUAUUGAUUUGCUCUCUUAAUAUUUAGACUGUAGUAUUGAUAUUGUAACCUUUGCCUUUUUAUUUUAUUUUAAAAAGGCAAAGGCAUAUUUUAACCUGUGCUGCUUUUGUCAGCAGUCACAUCAUCAAAUACAAGAGAACCAGUUCCACUGGCAGCCAUACAUGCCCACGCCAUGACACUACCACCACCAUGCUUCACUGAUGAGGUGGUAUGCUUAGGAUCAUGAGCAGUUCCUUUCCUUCUCCACACUCUUCUCUUCCCACCACGCUGGUACAAGUUGAUCUUGGUGUCAUCUGUCCAUAGGACAGAACUGUGAAGGAUUUUUAGAGGGUGUUUGGCAAAAUCUAAUCUGGCCUUCCUGUUUUUGGGGCUCACCAAUGGUUUACAUCUUGUGGUGAACCCUCUGUAUUCACACUGGUGAAGUCUUCUCUUGAUUAUUGACUUUGACACACAUAAACCUAAGCGUUUUUUUUUUAUUCCCUCCCUAUUCCCACCUACUAAUAAUCUGAAUACAUAGUGUUUGUGCAUCACAAGGCUGUAGUUUUACCUGUGGCAUGUGAGGUGACUUCAAGAUGCAAAUUAGACAAAAAAAAGUGAAGUGGUACAGAAUACUCUAGGCAGCUAUCAUAUUUAAAGCAAGGGCCACAAAAGUUAACUUGGUAAGCUUUUACUAUAACGAGAUGAUCAGAGCCAACUUGCUAAUGCUGGUGCUAUCUUGACCAAUAUUGUCAAUAUAGAACACUUUGUUUUUCCCUUUUGCUCUGUUUCUGGUUACUUUUUUCAUUCUAGAAAAUAGAUAAAGAUAGGAUUUUUAUAAAGUAUAUGAUGUUGUUGUUCUGAGCUGGUUUUAACUGACCUUAUGUCAUAAUCUUUGUCUUUGACUUUUUGUAGAAUCCUAUGUGUUUCUAAAAUACAUGCAGAGAGUAUUGUACACUUAAUAAACUACUGAUUUGUUUGUAAAGAAGCUGAGGUACUGGACACUGAAUGGUAACACAGUUAGGCUUUUACUGCCUAGAUGCUUUCUGUUGUCUUUAGAUAGUUCACACUCUGAAGGUGAAGUUUUAUUUAUGUCAUAAAACCUGCUCAACCUACUGUAGAUUAUGUGUGUUGUUGCUUCAAGGGAUUUAUUAAAAUGAAUAGAUGCCCUCACGUGCAGCAAGGGGCCUUAAAACGAAUUAAAAAAGAAAACGCAAUCCACAUGUAAGAUAAGAUAAACCUUUAUGAGUCCCACACGUAGGAAAUCUUUUGGUCACAGCAGAAAGCACAAGUUAAGAGCAGUAAAAAUAAAAAAAAAAUAAAAUAAAAUAAAUAAUAGAAUAGAAUAAGAUAUGAUAAGAUAACAUACUAUACAAAAUAUUAAAAAGCUAAAAUGAGGAUUAAAUUUAAGGUCUUAUGUAAUUAAUAUCACACAAAUAGUUAAAGCUGCAUUCAUUCAUAUUUGACACCAUUUUGACAGAAAGAUUUUAAAUAAUGUCUCUUCAUUUAGAUUACUGGAGCUAUUGAAUAAGAUAUUUCUGUGUAUGUCAGUCAGUGCCUCCUUCAGGAGAGACGUGUUUUCUCUCUUCUGACCCCUAAAUCUUUGUUGAAAUUUACUAUUUAAUAUGUAAUUUAAAACAGUUCCUAUGAAAAAAAAUCACUUGCCAGAUAUUCUUUUACUUUACCUUACUUUAGCAAAGACUGUUUUACUUCUGUUAAGGUUUUUGUGUUUUCAGUCAACAUAACUUGUUGAUACUUUUAAGCCACCACCCCUGGACCACUACUUCUGUUUGGGCAGUUCAUCAACUCUCAUUAGUUUCUUUUUUUCUUUCUUUCUCUUUUUUUUCGUUCACUAAUAUUAAGGUGUGUUCACAGCAGUGAAAAAUUCCAGGCCAC